CAAAAACUUUGUUCCGCCCGGUGAAAUGUUGACAAAGAUAACGACGUUUGAGAUAUAACUCAACCUUUUGAAGUCGCAGUCAUGAGUAGCAAGCCUGAAGAAGUAUUAUCAAGGUAGUUUGUGUUGGUGUUGGUGAGAAUGGAGGGAGUUUGCCGUCGGUGUUGCUCGCCGUGCUGUGGCGGCAGUUCACGGGGCAGAGUGGACAGUCUCAACCCGCCGAGUGAAGAGAUGGAGCCGCUUGUUGACGAUUCAGGACAUGGAAGUGUCGAGUGGUUACCAAGGAAAGACUAUGAGAGUCUUGACUAUGACAUCUGUCAUAAUGCUCCAUAUCAAGACAUGGUGGAGGGGAGAGAGUCCUGGGGAAGCCGCCAUAUUGGAUUGAUACGCUGGAUUGUAACAGGACUUAUCGGAGUUAGCACUGGACUGGUUGCAGUUUUUAUCGAUUUCUUUGUCAAAAAGCUGAAUGAACUGAAGUACAGCACUGUUCAAGAUUCUAUUCUAACAUGCAGCAAAGAUGGCUGCCUUGUUCUGUCUCUUCUAAUCCUGCUGGGGUUUAGUGCUGGCUUUGUGCUGAUUGCAAGUGUACUUGUUGCAUUUGAGCCUAUUGCAGGUGGAUCAGGGAUACCGGAAAUAAAGUGCUACCUGAAUGGCAUAAAGGUACCACACGUUGUGAGACUCAAGACACUAGUAGCCAAAGCUGUCGGGGUGCUAUUUAGCGUCGCUGGUGGAUUAUUUGUCGGCAAGGAAGGUCCCAUGAUCCACAGCGGUGCAAUAGUUGGUGCUGGCAUCCCCCAAUUCCAGAGUAUUACAUUCAGUAAACUCAACUUCAAGUUUCCAUAUUUCAGAACAGAUAGGGAUAAACGUGACUUUGUGUCUGGUGGGGCUGCAGCAGGUGUGGCAGCUGCUUUUGGUGCUCCAAUUGGAGGUGUUCUCUUCAGCUUAGAGGAAGGUUCAUCAUUCUGGAACCAGGCACUCACAUGGAGGACAUUUUUCUGUGCAAUGUGUGCCACCUUCACCUUGAAUUUUAUGCUAUCUGGAUUGGAUUACCAGCAAUGGGGAGCUCUGGACCAGACUGGCCUCAUUGACUUUGGACUCUUUGACAGGUGCGACGCUGAUGAUAAAGGGAGCUGCAAUCUCUGGACGGCGCUAGAUCUGCUCGUCUUCAUCGUCAUGGGAUUUUUCGGUGGCCUCUUGGGGGCGCUCUUCAACUACCUGAACACUAAGCUGACCAUCUAUCGAAUGAAACAUCUCGGUGCAAGUAAAAAGUUUAAAAGGGUUUUAGAAGCAAUACUUAUCGUCAUGGUUACGGCAUCAGUUGCUUUCAUUGCUGCUAUGACACUUGGGCAGUGUAAGAAAAUCCCAGCAAACAACGGAACUACAGACGCCAUUUUCCUAUCAGCCGCUCAAGGAAACGGAACAGAACGGACGUUCUUUUGCCCAGAUGGAUACUAUAACGACAUGGCAACGCUAUUCUUCAACUCACAAGAAGUUGCUAUUAAAGAACUCUUCCAUGAAGCAGGGAGGUUCAGCUUGCAAUCUCUUGGGAUUUUCUUUGGAUUAUUCUUUCUGCUGGCAUGCUGGACGUACGGUGCUAUGGUACCUAGUGGUCUGUUUGUACCAUGCUUACUGUGUGGAGCAGCGUAUGGUAGAAUUGUCGGCAGUGUCUUAAAUCAAUACACAGGCUAUGCAGCGAUCAGCAACAUCUACUCUGGUACCUUUGCGUUGAUCGGAGCGGCAUCAUUCCUCGGUGGAGUGGUCCGGAUGACCAUCAGCCUGACGGUCAUUCUAAUCGAAUCAACCAAUGAGAUUAGCUACGGACUACCCAUUAUGGUCACACUCAUGGUUGCCAAGUGGUCGGGUGAUUUAUUCAACAAUGGUCUUUAUGACAUCCAUGUUGAAUUGAAAGCAGUCCCUUUGCUGGGAUGGGAACCUCUCAAGAAAACAGAAAGAUUACGAGCUCAUCAGAUCAUGGAGACCCAUCUAACCUACAUCUACCCUCACACCCGAGCCAGAUCAGUCAUCAGUAUCCUCCGAACCACCAAACAUCACGCUUACCCCGUAGUAACAGAAAACAUUCCACCAAGAGGACCAUCAGCCCAAGACGGAGCCGAUGCCAACAUUGUCAGCAGAAAUUUGAUUUAUAAGAGAAAUAGUACGUUGUCUCGAUGUGACGAACAAAGGCAAAGAGCAUCCUCUAUACGCUCAGUAGAGUUGCACCGAGUCAACCAGUUGAAUCGUGUAGCUUCAGGAAGUCCACACAGUCUAUCCCAUUGUCAUCAGGAUGGCGGGACGGAGACGCCAGAGGACUGGGAUCGAAUCUCUCUCAGAACCAAUCCUAGUGCCUACCCCGGCUGGAUAUCGGACAUGGACAGCUUAGACGGAAACAACGAGCUAAAUGAAUAUCGACCUUUGACCUUUCAUGGGGUCAUACUACGGAGUCAUCUAGUGAUGUUAUUGAAGAAAAAUAUCUGCUACCCCGAAGAUACAUCGAGUACAGCCCAGACCGAACUGUCCUACAGUGAGUUGACUGAAGACUACCCCAGAUAUCCAGAUAUUUAUGACAUUGAUAUUGGUGCCGUUAAUCUCAAUAUGAUUAUGGACGUGACGAAAUACAUGAACCCUUGCCCUAAUACAGUCUCACCUGAAACGCCGGUCUCCAAAGUGUUUAAUAUCUUCCGUACUAUGGGCCUACGACACCUCAUGGUUACCAACAGCAGUGGAGAGAUCCUUGGGAUUAUUACAAGACACAAUCUAACCGAUGAAUUUCUGGAGGAGAAGCUCGAGAUGUACGGCUACAAUGAGCAUUGACAGCAAGAAAAUUAGAGCAUCAAAUUCAAGUUCUGAUGGCUGGUUCGUCAGGGGGUGGGUUCGAAUCCUGGUUCUGACACUUGUGUCCUUUGGCAAGACACUAAUCUAAAACUUUCUAGAGCAUCAAUCUUAAGUUCUGGUGGCUGAGUCAUCAGGGUGCGGGUUCGAAUCCUGGUCAUGACAUAUUUGUCCUUUGGCAAGACACUAAUUUAAAACGUUCUAGGGUAUCAGUCUUAAGUUCUGGUGGCUGAGUCAUCAGGGUGCGGGUUCGAAUCCUGGUCAUGACAUAUUUGUCCUUUGGCAAGACACUAAUCUAAAACUUUCUAGAGCAUCAAUCUUAAGUUCUGGUGGCUGAUUCAUCAGGGUGGGUUCGAAUCCUGGUUCUAAAACUUGUGUCCUUUGGCAAGACACUAAUCUAAAACUUUCUAGAGCAUCAAUCUUAAGUUCUGGUGGCUGAGUCAUCAGGGUGGGUUCGAAUCCUGGUUCUAAAACUUGUGUCCUUUGGCAAGACACUAAUCUAAAACUUUCUAGAGCAUCAAUCUUUAGUUCUGGUGGCUGAGUUAUCAGGGUGCAGGUUCGAAUCCUGGUCAUAACAUAUUUGUUCUUUGGCAAGACACUAAUCUAAAACAUUCAAGAGCAAGAACUGUCUCAUUUCCAAGGAGUAUUAUGUGUAUGUAUUAUGUGUACAGACUUGGGCCCAAUUUCAUAGAGCUGCUUAAGCACAAAAAACUAGCUAAGCACAACAAAAUUAUGCUUACCAGAAUUAGGUUACCAGGCCAAGAUAGCAUGUCACAUGUCAAUCUUUGACAGGUAUCCGUAUCCUGCUUACUUUUGCUAAACAGAAGAUAUGUAAGCUUGAUUUUCUGCUUAAGCGGCUCAACGACAUUGGACCUUGAUCUUCACAGAGGCCAUUACCUCCAUGGUAAACACAGCGGUGCAAAGCAUUUUUGACAUCCAAAAGGUCUUGUCAGUAUUUGACAAUGGUUUGUGAUGUGGCUUUAUUUAGUUUAAUUUUCAACAAUCUUGCUGCAGAAGUGGUUGUCAUUUAAAUGACAACGUUGUACAUAGUUUGUAAUUCAACUCAAUUUAAUUAAGUACUAAUAAACGCCCAUGUAAAGCUUUCACAAUUUUUUAUAAAAUAGAAAGGAAAAGUAAGUAUUCAGUAAGUCAUUGCAUCAAUGCAUCAAUGCAUCAAUGCAUCAAUGCAUCAACAAUAAAAAAGUUGUAAACACAAUGUAUUACCAAUGUUUUCCCAAGCACUCCCCUACAUUCCAUUAUUCCAAUUUGUUAUUGAAAGUACUAAAUAAACUUGAAUUGCCAAAAUAACAAAUAGCUGUUUUUUCACAAUUCCGAUAUUUGCAUACUAAACAUUUUAUUUCGCCAAAAGUACAACAAAAUGUGCUAAUUUCUUACCAAAGCUUAUCUCAUUCUUGCUUUUAUACAUAACCAUUUUUAUAGCAAAAUGUAUAACUUUAUAGAAAUUUAUUGAGAAAGUAUAUGUUUUGAUUGGUUUAACUUUAACUGAGAAAACAACUUAUUAAGUUGUAAAUUUGCUUUAUUUAGGAGGAGUGUGUAGUAAUCGCCUUGAUAUAUAACAGGUUAUUAAAACCAAAGUUUAAUGUCACAAGUUGGAAUUUUUUCGAAAUGUACCAACAAUUGCAUAACUGAACAGUUUAUAAACAAUUUCAUAUUGAUUGAGUAUCUUUGCAUUUCUUUACAAGGCUACAGAUUAUUGUUAUUCUUACAAUAUUUUUAUAGGGAAAGCUCCCAUAAAGUUUCUUAACUAAUCAUGAGAAGCAGUGUGCUAUAAUUUUUAUAUAUUUUUUUAAAACUUCUGUUAAAAAAUAUGCUCAAAGACCUUAGAAAUAAAAUCAACAGUUUUAGGGGAAUAUUUUUUGGGAAUAUUUUUUUCUGGAUGGGUUAAAUAGAGUAAUUAUGUGCAACUUUUAUGCAUUGACAGUAUUAUUUGAAUGUUGGGUGUGAAGCCUGAGGGCAGGCAGUGGGUAGGAAUAAACGCUAAAAGAUAAUGCCAGAAACAAUUUGUUAAUUUAAUAAGGAUAAUUGAAUUUAAGAAAGAUACGGUAAUAAAUGUCUCAUCAUAAAAGGCGAAAUUGAUAAA